AUGAUGGCGGCUCGUCGGCUCACCAAGCUCGCUCUUCUGCUACUCCUCGCGCUCGCUACGACGACAAACUUCAACCCCGGUCUCCUCGCCAACGCGCAGAGCCUGAGCGCCUCGCAAGCCGCGUACAUCGCAUCCAAGGCGAAGACGCUUCGCGCGCAGGCCAAUCAGGCAAAGGCUGACCUCGACAAGGCACAGGCGGUACUCGACGCGCGCCUGGCGGACGAACGCGAUGCGGCGAAGAAAUCCGCGGACGCAGACGCGGAUGCGGACGCCGCCAUGGCGGACCUGAACGGGAAAAAGGCGGCGCUGGAGCGCGCGAAGCAGGAGCAGGAGGUGGCGCGACAGGCGACGAUCCAGGCGAAGCAGACGACGCAGGAAGAGCGCGAGUAUUACGACGAGCUUGAUUCACAGGCCCAAGAAGCUGUCUUCGAUGAGGCGGAAGCGGCAAAAGACAUAAUUGACGCCCAGAAUCGACUGGAAACGACCAAGCUGAUCAUGGAUGAGCAAACGAAGAUCGCCGCGGAGGCGCUUGCCGAAUCUACCUCCGCGGCUCGGGCUGCGGCGAGGCUCGGCACUCCCGAGGCGAAGGCGUACCAGCUGGAAGCGUACAACAUCAAGCUGCAAUCGGAUCGAAUCUUGGUGGCGGUUCAGAAGCAGGCGGCAAACGCGGAUUAUAGGGUUCAGUCGCGUACAUCGGAGCACGACAAUAAGGUUCAGGACAAAGCCGACACGCGAAAGGCGGCUGACGAGCAGAAGGCGGUGAAGGAAAAAGCGGAGAAGGACGAGAAAGACUCGACCACGAUGUACCUGCAGAAAAUUGCAAGCACUAAAGCGGCGGACACGGCCGUUAGAGCGUCGAACGCGAUUGCACAGCAGAAGCUGGCGGUGCAGCGCAGCGCCAAGGCGGUUCUUAAUUCCAAGACGGCGGUGCGUGCGAGCCAGGAGAAGACCGUGGGGGCGCUGACGACGAGGUAUAACUCCAUGAAGGCUAACGCGGAUAACGCGGAGGCUGAUGCUGUCAAAAAGGGUGUGAAGCUCGACUAA